CAGACAGCACUGAAUCGGGCUAGACCCAAAUACACAAAAUCCGUUAAAUAUAAGUAGGGUUUAUCCCAAGCUUAUAAAUUCCAAGACACAGCUAGUAACUAGGGUUCCGCACCAGCCGAUUUCAUCACCAGCCUCUCUCGCUCGUCCUUCAAAAUGCCGAAACAGAUACACGAGAUCAAGGAUUUCCUCCUCACCGCUAGAAGGAAGGAUGCACGGUCUGUGAAGAUUAAGAAGAAUAAGGAUGUGGUCAAGUUCAAGGUUCGUUGCUCGAAGUACUUGUACACACUAUGUGUGUUUGAUGCUGAGAAGGCUGAAAAGUUGAAGCAAUCUCUUCCCCCAGGUUUGAGUGUGCAGGACCUUUAAGAAAUUGGAUUAUCUUCUUUUCGAGAAUCAUUUGCUCAAACUCCUAUUAAGUUUAAGCUUUUUGGCAUUAGUUGCAAGCAUAGUUUGUAAUGAGAGAGAAUUGUACUACUCUGAAACAAAGUUUUCCGUUUGUAGAAUCAUCUUUUAUAAUGCUGAUUGACUGAGUUCCUUCA